AUGUCUGCUGAGGGCACCGAGACCAAGCCGACACGCCCCCGCGUCUUCUUCGACAUCACUGUCGGCGGUAAGCCCGUUGGCCGUAUCACGAUGGAGCUCUACAGCGACCUCGUCCCCAAGACGGCCGAGAACUUCCGCUGCCUCUGCACCGGCGAGAAGGGCCUGGGGAAAUCCGGAAAGCCUCUUCACUACAAGGGCUCUACCUUUCACCGCGUCAUUAAGCAAUUUAUGAUCCAGGGCGGCGACUUCACCGCCGGCAACGGCACCGGCGGCGAGUCCAUCUACGGCGCAAAGUUCGAGGACGAGGCCUUUCCCGUUAAGCACGACCGCCCUUUCCUCCUGUCCAUGGCCAACGCUGGGCCUAACACCAACGGCUCCCAGUUCUUCCUUACCACCGUACCGACACCCCACCUCGACAACAAGCACGUCGUCUUCGGUGAAGUCCUCAACGGCAAGUCGGUCGUGCGCCACAUCGAGAACCUGCAGACUGAGUCGGGUGACAAGCCUGUGAAGGACGCUGUCAUCGCCGACUGCGGCGAGCUCACCGGCGAUGCUGCCCUCGCAGCCGACGUGAAGGCCCCGGAUGCUAUGGGCGAUACCUAUGAGGACUUCCCCGAGGACUGCGCAAGCCCCCUCGACGCCAAGGAGGUCGUCAAGAUCGCCACAGCCUGCAAAGACUUUGGCAACAAGGCCUUCAAGGCCGGUGACUUCAACCUAGGUCUUGAGAAGUAUGAAAAGGGCCUUCGCUACCUCAACGAGGAGCCGGACCUCGAACAGGAGCCCCCCUCCACAAAGACGGAACUUGAGGCCCUUCGCUUCUCCCUCAACAACAACUCGGCCCUGCUGAGCCUUAAGAUCGAGGCUUGGGAGGACGCCGUCAAGUCAGCCACGUUCGCCCUCGAGGUGCCGGGCAUCAAGGAUGUGGACCGCGCCAAGGCCCUAUACCGCCGCGGCUUUGCCAACAUCCGCCUCAAGGACGAGGAGGCCGCUAUUCAGGAUCUCGAAGAAGCACACAAGCUUGUUCCUGAUGAUAAGGCCAUCAUCAACGAGCUCAACGCCGUCAAGCAGAAGGCGGCUGCCCGUGCAGCCAAGGAGAAGGCGGCGUACAAGAAGUUCUUCCAAUAG